AUGCAACACCUGCAAGAGGAUAUAAAGGGGAAAGAUAUUAGUGCGAACUACGGUCUAUCUGCCGAAAAGGUGUUGGGAAUGUGGUGGAACACAUCAUCGGACACCUUCACAUUCCGCUUAUCCUCGAGGCAUGAUCAAGAGCUUUUAUCUGGGAGAAAGCCAGAAACGAAACGUGAAAUACUACGGACACUUAUGAGCGUUUACGACCCUCUCGGACUACUCGGACAUUUUCUAAUGUAUUUAAAGACUUUGCUGCAGGAAGUUUGGCGCGGAGGCACCGGUUGGGACCAAGAGUUGAGCGACCAGACGGCAGGGAAAUGGACGGAGUGGUUACACGUGCUUCCCGAUGUCGAACAGGUGACUAUACCCCGAUGCUAUCGAUGUAUAUCCUCCACAGAUGCCAACGUUGAGCUGCACGUCUUUUGGGAUGCGAGUGAGAAGGAUAUGGCUGCAGUUGCUUACUUCCGUUUCGUGGAAGGAUGGGAUAUGCAUAUCGAAUGCACUCUGGUAGGAUCGAAAACGCGCAUGACGCAGCUUAAAUUUUUAUCCAUCCCUAGGCUGGAGCUGCAGGCCGCGGUCAUCGGCGCAAGGCUAGCGAAAACCAUAUCGCAAAAUCAUCGACUGUCGAUCGGACGAACCAUCUUCUGGACCGACUCUAAGAACGUCCUGAGUUGGCUUAACUCAGACCACAGUUGCUACAACCAAUUUGUAGCAUUCCGUAUAGGAGAGCUGCUAGAAGGAACUAAUCUGGAUCAAUCGCGAUGGGUUCCAACCAAGCUGAACGUAGCAGACGAGGGCACAAAAUGGAGCAAACGACCAGACCUGCCAGCGCUAGGGCGGUGGUUCCGCGGGCCGUCGUUCCUUUGGGAGCCGGAAAGCGCCUGGCCGAAUCAAGAAGGAGUACCACAACGUACCAGUGAAGAGCUGCGGAAAGGAAUGAACCAUCACCUAGUAGAGAAGCCGUUAAUUCAUUUGGAACGGUUUUCCAGAUGGAGCCGAGCACUGAGGGCUAUGGCGUUUGUGACGCGCUUCAUAACAAACAUGCGUUAUCUAGUUAAGAAGGAGCGGAAAGUGAACGGACCGCUGAUGCAGGACGAGCUAGCGGAAGCGGAGCGUAUAUUAAUACGAUUCAUACAGCAGAAGGCGUAUCGUGAUGAGAUGCAACAACUGAGAAAUCGAGAGCUGAUAAAGCAUCCGUGGAAGAAGAGGAUCGACAAAGGUAUCAGUCUAUACAAACUAUCGCCCACCUUAGACGACCAUGGGAUUCUAAGAGUGGGGGGACGGCUAACCGAGUGCGUGGAAAUCAGCGAACCUUCCCGCAAUCCUAUAAUCCUGCCUAGGAAGGAGUACGGAACCGAUCUCUUGAUGCAAGCGUACCACGCCAGGUAA